GCAAUAUACUCUCCGAUCUUUGAUGUACCUGCCUUGCCGGCUUAAAAAUAAAAACUUAAACAAACAAAACGUUUUUUAGUUUAGUGUUCUGUUUAAAUUAGUUUUUUACUGAAAUAUGGAUGAAACUGUAAUUCUACCUUCUCCAAAUUGGUUUCAAGUUUCUGGUUUAGCCACCAGUAAAGAUGGAUGGCUUGUUUACGGUGGACCGAGUAAAAGUUUAUGUGUUUUACAACCAGUACCUUUAGAAUACGAUGGUGUUAUUGUGGGAACUAAAAGAUAUCAUGCACACGUGGUCAACCGGGCUCACCUUGAAAAAAUUGUAAGUGUUGAUAUUAGCCCAGAAUGGCCAGACAAAAGAUUUAUUUUGACUGGGAGUGUUGAUGGAUCUGUUAAACAAUGGAAUUUAGAGCAACUACAAUUAUGCCAGAUAAUGAAAUCCACACAUAGUCAUGACGUACAUAGUCGCGGAAAAGAGGAAAUUGCAGGAGUUGGUUAUUCUAAUGAAUCAUGUGCGAUCACUGUUGGAUGUUUUGGGAUUAUAGUCAAAUGGAAUUUAAAUUCAAAUGUGGUGACCAGCUUUAAUCAUUUAAGAAAUUUCAAACCAGUGUGCAUGUCAUGCUCACCACACAUACCUCUCAAUGUGGCUGUGGGAACAAAACAAGGAGUGGUGUUUGUUUUAGAUUUGAAUGGCACUGGUAAAAUUGUCUAUAAAGUCAGGGGACAAGAUGAUGAAGUUUCAAACCUCAGCUGGUGUCCCCAAUAUGAAGUGUCUCUAAAGAAAAUUCUUAAAGAAUCGGAAAAAAGAGGUAAUAAUCCUAACGCAACUAAUGAGGAAGUUAGUACUGAUACAGAAUUAAAUGCAUCUGGUUGUGAGAAAAAUCUACCAGAUGAUAGCUUUAAUGAAUCUCAAAUAGUAGCAGAGGAUGAUAUGUUUGAUAUCUAUAAAGAUCACGAAGCUGAUGAAUUCGGCCAUAAAAAGUACCAACCUGAAGAAAUACUAGUCAAAGUUCAUCAAGCUGUAGAUGAAAAAGGCGAUUAUUUGGCAGAAUGUUUAAAACUUAAAGAGGAUAUAAUCAAAAGAAAAAAUCAGGCAGAUGCAUCAAUACAGUCUCUAGUAGAUAGUUUAGACAAAACUCAUGUACAUAAAAGUGAAGAUAUUUCUGAUACCAAAGACAGUGACAUGACAAAAGUAGAUGAGAUUGAAGCUAGUGAACAUAUUCAUAAGCACCUUUUAGCUACAAUCAGUAAAUAUGGUAGCGUUCGUGUUUGGUCUAAGUCAGGCAAGUUGAUUGGCAGUUGUGUUAUUCCCAAUAUGAAUAGUAAGCAUUCAAAGAAUAAGGCACCUUUCUGGCCUACCCUGCUGUGGUAUAAAUCCAAUGUGCUAUUAUUAGCUGAUGGGAAAAAUAACUUACUCGAGUGUAACCCAUUGAAACUUGACUGUAAAAACAAACUAGAUUGGAAUGUAGUCCAUACUCUUCACAAACGCAACAUAUACUGCAUUGCAUCUAACGCGCCUCGUGUGCAAUCUAGCAACGAAGCCAAUGAAGAAUGGUCCAUAUGGACAACAUCACAAGAUCGUAACAUUAUUCAAUACUCAUUGAGCGAACGACAUCCAGUUGCUAUACAUGCCACCUGUGGUGGUUUUAUAUACUCUGUUCAACCUUGUCCCUAUGAUGCUGGAAAAAUUGCCAUAAGUGCAGGUGACGGCACGAUUAGAAUAUGGAACUCGAGCAUUUCAGAAGAAAAUGAAAAUAAAUUGCAAGAUGAUCAUGUCACUUGUUAUUGGCAGAAUGUGCUGGGGAAGGUUCUAGUCAUCGCUUGGCAUCCGACUAAAGAAAAUUUAUUGGCUUUUGCUACUGCAGAAUCCAGGGUAGGCUUAAUAGAUACUAGUGGACGCAUAGAACGCCCGGCGAAAACUUUGGUGCCGGCAUUACGAGGCGCCGUGUACUCCAUCUCGUGGGGCGAACACAAUGACCUGUACGCGUGCGCGGCCGGCGAGCUGGUCGUGUAUGACACCAGCGCUGUACACGACGCCGACGGCUACCUGCAACAUAUUUGUUGGUGGAAGUUUCUAACGAUGCUGAUACAGAGCGGGGUCUGUAAAUUAAAACAUUCCUUCACCGGGGGUACACCACCUCGCACCGCGCGGGAGGGGAAGGUCGCUUCGUUUUGUUUCCGUUGGCGGCGUGGCUCGGUUGCCCUUUACAAUACAUAUUCGUUUGUUCUGUCAGAGCCUCGCGCGGUGCCGGUGGUGGUGGACGGUCAGCCGUGCGAGGUGAGCUGCGUGCGGCACACCGCGCGCGCGCUGUUGUGCGGCACCGCCGCCGGCGCGCUGGCGCUGCUCACGCCGCGGGCCCCGCACGCCGCGCUCGCCGCCGCGCACGUGUACAGCAAAAUGAUAUAUGCUAUGGAGUGGCAUCCACAACAAACGUCAUUUUCUAGUGAAGAGUCCCAAUAUAAAAAUCUGAUAGCUGUAUGCUCGAUGGAUAAACAGAACAAAAUAGUUAUAUUAGAAUACAUCGAGGGAGAAGAUGGCAGUAAACAUCUUCAGACUUGGAAAACCUUGAGUGGCAGCAAAUCACCUGUGUACCAAGUGUCGUGGAACCCACACCGUGAUGCUCAAUUACUAUCUACCUCACAAGAUUGCACUGUCAGGGUGUGGGACGUGAGCGGUGGCGGUGUCGCGGGCGCGUACACGUGCGCGUCCAUAUUCAGCGGGCACGGCGCCAGCGCGCUGUGCGGCGCGUGGAGCGCGCAGCCCGCGCUAGAGCGGCGCGCGCUGUCCGGCGGCGCGGACUGCUGCCUGCGGCUGUGGCACGUGGACCACCAUCCCGCCGCACACUACCGAGAAAGCCUGCACGACGUAGCAGUUAAAAAGGAAAAAAAGAAAAACAAGAAGCAAAAGGAUAAGAAGGAACCUAAAGAAGAGGUUAACAAUGAAGAGCCAGUCAUGGUGGAAUCUGACACGGUAGCGGCUAGUUUAGAUAGUAAAAAAUAUUUAGAGAGAACUUCACCUGAUAAGUUGAGUGAUGGCACAGUGAAUGCCGAAGAGAGCUUUAAUCUAGAUUAUGUAAAAUUAUUUGGCAGCAUCAAUGAGGUGAACGAACUCUUGGAUGAGGAAAUGGAUCGGCACGAGGCGAGCGGUAACACAGAGGCUUGGGCAAUGUUAAGCAUGUUUCGUGGGCAAGUGGACAAGAUGAUACAGUUCGCGAGUCAACGAGAUCUGCUCUGCCCCUUCUUGCUUAGCCUCGCGCCCUGUGUAUCGUUCAAAUACUGGAAAGAUGCAACUCAACUGUAUAUUGCUCAGAUUGACAGAUUAGUGGCUAAAGGAGAAGAGGAGAAAUUAUAUGAGAAGAAAACAUAUGGCGGUCCCAUAUAUCGUAAAGUGGCAACUUUAUUGAGUAUUCAUGACGUGAAGGGCGCCGUAACCACACUCACUGAGGCUGAUCUCUACAAAGAAGCCUACAUUUUGUGCAGAACGAGAUAUAUGGACAGCAUAGCAAAACAGACGCUACAACAGUGGGCUGCAUAUUGCGUAAAAACAGGAACUUUCAUAAUGGCUGCUGUUUGUUACAUUGCCCUCGAGGAUCUUUCUCAAGCGGCAAUAGUUCUUGGAAAAUUGAAUGAUCAGGACGCUUUGAAAUUAGCAUCAGAUAUAGCGAAAAUCAUCGGUCAAAAUACAUUUGCGGAGCACAUCUUCGAAAAGCAAGAAACUAUUAAGAAUAGCGUCAUCUCAGAUAGGAUUGAAGAGAUUUUAAAAGAAUUGCCUUCCAGAAUGGAGGCUCUCAUGAGUGACGGCGAUAAAAAACAAAAUGGCGACACAUAUUCUGUUGAAAGCACUGACGUCACGGACAGUGGGGAUACUAAAGAGUAAAUCUCAUUGCGUAGUUAUCAAAUUUACUAAUCGCCUCGAUUUCAAUUCAAAAGUAAUUAGUGUUGCAUGUGAUUGAUAUUAAUUUGCAUCUUUCAGUAUUAUCGUUACAAAGUGUUUUUAGCGAAAGCAAUUUCCAUUGGUUAUGUAUUGUUACGAUUCUUGUCUCCUUUUUACUACUUAUAAACAUCAAUAAACUGUUCCAUUUUAUUUGGUUUUUAUUACAGUAAAACAAAAUUUUACAAUUAAUCAUUUCUGUAUAUAAUCAACAUACAAGGAAAUUACGAAUACAAUAUUUGAGACAUCAAAUUGUGCGUAAUUUUAAUCAGGUAAUUUUAGAAAUAUAUAUUUUAGAUUCUGUAUUCAUAAAUGUGAAUUAGUAUUUUAGUAUGAUAAUAUACACAUAUAAGUAUGUAUUUACAUGCAAACUAUUUAUUUUCUAUGUAUUAUUAUAAAAAUAAUAGUAUUGGGCACCACAAAGUUUUUAAGUACAAAUAUAAACUAAUAAUACUUAAUGCUAUUGUACCAUGAUGAUCACAAUAAUUUAUCUAAAUACUCGACAAUCAACCUGCCAUGGCACUAAUUCAAUCACAUUGAAGUUCAAACAUUUCGAUUAUGCUUUCGUUGUAAAUAAAUGCUUACUGGAAUGUUGUAACAUUCAGUCUUUCAUAUCAUAAUGUUUGUCAAAUCGGGAAUCCUCUUCAUCAACAGUGCCAGCUGUCAUUCGACUGUCUUACAAGGUAUUCACUAAAAUUUGCUCUAUAAAAAAGUUAAGUUUGUCUCAAGCUUGUUCAGAAACGUCUUGAUUUUCCAUGUCAUAUUUCUUCCCUCUCUUUUUGCAAAUUUGAAUCAACUUCGCAUUCACCUUCUUUAGUUUCUGGUUCUCUUUCAUGACGUCAGUUAUUUG